AUGCAAUUCUCUUUCUCUUUCGCCGCUCUUAUUGCCCUAGGUGGCCAAGCACUGGCCCAAUCCGCCACUGGAAAUUAUCUCAUCGGAGAAAGCGACAAUUUCUUGACGCUAAAUGAUAGCCUGGUUGUCUUUAACCCAAUCAAUGGCGCAGAUAACCAGAUUUGGGGCUUCAACACCGUCGGCCCCAGUACUGUCGUUAUCCAAAAUCAGGAGUCAGGAGACUACCUUAACUGUGAUGAGAGCGGAUCUCCCUGCAGCACUUCCGGCAACCCUCAGGUUUUUGAGCCUAUUAAACGGGGUCAGGACUUAUACCAGAUUCGGGAUGAAUCUGGUGACUUAUUCCUUGCCGAGUCGUCCGAUAAGACGGUUCAUUUGGUUGAGGAAGUGCAGCCUGAUGAGAAGACCAUAUUUACACUGACUCGGCCUGCUACUGAGUGUGAGUUGCAGCGUGCUCCUUUAUAA